AUCUAUCUUCAUAAGCCAGAUGAUCUACUGUCGGAGACUUCUGUUGCUUUUCCUUAACUGGACAAAAGGUGUUCUGUGCUAAUUCUUAGAUCCCGUCUGGAGCACGCACCGGUUUAUUUUCUGAGGGCCACUCUUAAUGGGACUUCGGCCCUCGGCCAACUGUGGUCCUGGUCAAAUGCCCGACCUGUAUUAAACCGUUUGCGCAGUAUUCGUAACUCAUUUAUUCUCCCCAUGUACUCUACGCAUUGGGAUCCCCAAUUCUCGUAAACUGAUGUGACAAUAAAGCGAUGGCAACACAGACUGAGUCAGUUUCCCUCUCCGCCCGGCAUGCCGAGCGCCAAGACACACCGGCCACGGAGCCGGUUCUGCCUCCCAUCCCCCGCAAGAAGCAAAUCGUGGUGCUCCUAUCGGCAUUCGCAACUAUAGCCCUAACAAUAGGGUAUAAUCAAUGCUUCGGCGUUUUCCAAGAAUACUACCUCUCACCCACGCAAGACAUCCUCAAAUCCAGCCCAGCCACGCAGGCCUCGCCGCCUACAGCGCUACUGAGCUUCGUAGGCACUCUUUGCUACGGGCUGACAUGGGCGGGCGGUAUUCUUGUAAACCCGGUGAUGUCGCGACUCGAACACGGCGCAUGGGCUCCGAGCAAUCCCUCAGCCCGGGCAUGGCGUCGCAGGGGUUCGCGGCUCUUGAAGCCUAGAACAAUCACUAUUUUAGGAGUGGUGAUGAUGUCUGCUGGGUUUGGACUAGCGUCUCUGAGCACCUCCAUAUGGCAUCUGCUAUUGACGCAAGGACUGCUUCUUGGUUUGGGAAUGUCGCUUUUGUAUUUCCCUCUUCUUGCGCCUGCGCCUGAGUAUUUUACUACUCAUCGGGCAACGGCAAUGGGUUUCAUUCUAGCCGGCGGCGGUGCUGGUGGUCUUAUAUUCUCUCCUGUCAUUAGGGCAUUACUAAGUUCAGUCGGAGGCCGUUGGACUCUGAGAAUCUUUGCGUUGUUCUACGUAGUCACGGGCCUUCCUAUCGCAUGGUCGGUACCGCGUAGUCCAUUCGCGUCUAGUGCGCCUACCACCAGAGCCGACAGACGUGAUACACACGUCUCGCGCUCUUUAGCCGCUCGUCCAGUUUUCAUAUUUUCCGCUAUAGCCGCAUUCCUUCAGGCCGCUGGCGCCCAGCUUCCCCUAGCUUUCAUCCCAUCAUACACAGUCGUUUUAGGGCAAACUGCCGCCCAAGGUGCCAACCUCCUAGCUGCUAGCAAUGCAAUUAAUGCCGUCUCUCGAGUUCUAACUGGUUACGCGGGCGACCGCCUCGGCCGUCAGAACCUAGUUGUGUUGACUCUACUCCUCUCUGGCUUUAGCGUUUUUGCCUUCUGGUUAGCCAGUGUCCUGACCGCCACUUCGACUUCUUUCUCACUCUGGCUAGUAUUUCUCGUAUUUUACAGCUUCUCUGCUGGUGGGUAUUAUGCAUUGUUCCCCGCACUUAUCGCAGAGGUCUUUGGCAUUCAACAGUACGCCUCUGUCAAUGCAUUCAUCCUAUUUGUGAGAGGCCUGGGGACUUUGUUUGGAACUCCUGUUGGUGGACAGCUUCUGGGAGGCUCAGUGGAAGGAGUGAAGGCUUAUUCACAUGUGGCUUAUUGGGAUGGUGCGCUUCUAAUGGGCGCUAGUGCCUGUUGUAUUGGAGUCAGAUGGGCUGAUGGGAAAGUUAAGGGCUGGAAAUGGGUGGCAUAGGUCUGAGAUGUUCCCAGCACGAAAUGAUCAUGGAUCAAUUUAGGCGAUGACUAAGCAAACUUUGGUGGCAGUGCAAGAAAUCUAUCCCCUGAGUGUUAUCCUGAGACAGCCUGCUACAACUUUAUUUCGCCAUAACGUACAAUAGAAAAUUCACACAAUCUAGAUGUGGGCAUGAGAAGGAAACUAUAUGACUCGAAAGUGGUGUCAUAUAAAACCUAUGAAUUCUCAGGAUAAGAUCAAG